GUCCUGAGACAACUCAAAGUCUACUAAUAUCGUCUCGCUAGCAAGGUUCAAUGAAGCUGGUGUAUGUGCAUAGCUAUUUACCCUCGUGCCUGAGUCAGUCGACACAGAUACACAGUUCGAGUAACUCGGGUACAAUACCUACGUUAGCCCUCAACCCUGAUCAUAACCUGCUUCUUCACGGCCAUACCUAGGUACCUAAGGUGGUCACUGAUGUUCUGCAAAGGACUAAAGUUGCUCGCACAGGAUGUCCAGUUUGAAGUCGAUAGAAAAGGCUUCGGUUCUAGGUUGUCUUCACUCGCUGUUUCAAAGCCCUGAACUGACCCAGAAGUUGAAAGCGCACAGAUCAGCUGCAAGUCGAAUGCAGGCUUGCAAGCCCGGCACAGGCGGUCAAGUUUUUCUGGAUUCUGCCGCUGUUCAAGCGGCCCGGGACCCUAAGGUCUUGCUCCAGGAAUUUCCAGUCGAGCCGACAACAUCGAGCGCCAACCCCACUAUCAACCCAAAUCUUGUCGCAAUGCCUCACAAACCGCCAACAAAAGAGGAACUGGAGCGGCGAAAGAUCGUCGGCAUCCACGAAGAAACCAUCACUGAUGUCACAUCGACUGACUUCCCCGGGCACUACCCAGGCGAGGACCACAGCUGGGAUAUCGAGCGCUUCCGGCGGGGUUUCCGCGUCGAAUUUCACCAAAAUGACCCUUUCGAAGCAUCAUUCUCCCUCAUCGGCAUCGAUGCCUCCAUCGCCAACGCUUUUCGGCGGAUCAUGAUCGCCGACAUCCCGACCCUCGCCAUCGAGACCGUCUUCAUCAACAACAACACAUCCGUCAUCCAAGACGAAGUACUCUCUCACAGGUUAGGCCUAAUCCCCUUCAAGGGCGGGUACGAGGGGCUCCACAAGUUCCUCAAGCCCUGGCGCAAACCCGACGACGAGUCCCAAGUCAACAACAGCUACUACGACUACAACACCGUCUCGCUCCGCCUCGAGGUUAAGUGCGAGCACAACGAGAAGGCCGCGCCGGGCGAGACGGACCCGACAAAGCUGUACAAGCACGCGCACGUGUACGCGCGCGACAUCGAGUUCUGCCCCGUCGGGCGGCAGGGCAAGUAUUUUUCCGGCGAGAACGCCAUCGCGCCCGUCAACCCGGACAUACUCAUCGCCAAGCUGCGCCCCGGCCAGGAGAUCAGCUUGUCGAUGCACAUGCACAAGGGCGUCGGGUCCGACCACGCAAAGUUCUCGCCCGUGGCCACCGCGUCGUACCGGCUAAUGCCCGUCAUUCAGAUCGAGCAACCCAUCCUGGGUAGGGAUGCCGAGAAGUUCGCGCGCUGCUUCCCCAAGGGCGUCAUCGGGCUGGAGAAGGUGACCAAAAAGGAGGCGGCGCAGAAGGGGAGCGGGUACGAGGGCCAUCAGGGCGAGCUCAAGGCGGUCGUCCGGGACCCCAUGCGGGAUACCGUCAGCAGGGAGUGCCUGCGGCAUGACGAAUUCAAGGGCAAGGUCAAGCUCGGCCGGAGGAGGGACCACUUUAUCUACCUGGUCGAGAGCACCGGGCAGUGGAAGAGCGAUGACAUUUUCCUCGCGGCUGUGGAGCACCUGAAGAAGCGAGCCCAAAGCCUGGAGAAGCAGGUUAUCAACAUGGUCAGAUAGAAAAGAGGAUUGUGCUGUGUAGUGCUGGCGGUGUCGGUGUAUACCUUCUGUCUCUCUCUGCAUCUUAAUCAUGGGUAUGGCGUCUCGGACCUUGGUGUUAUAAAAGGGGGGUUUCCGGCCAGUGGUGUUUCUUCGCCUUCUGUGUAUGACAGGUCAUGGUGCUAAAAUGGAAGCCUCCGGUCUGAGAUUUCAGC